AUGUCAUUCUCUAGUCUCGUACAGGACUUGUCAUUCAGAGAUGCCGCCAGCGAGCGACGACCACCUAUUCGAGGGCCAGGAUCCGCUUCGACUUAUGAUGAUCGUGCAUCAUAUGUUUCCAGGGCCGACUCUCACGUCUCUAGAGCCAGAUCGUACGCAAGUACUGCUGCGACUAGCUCAAUGCUUAUCUAUCCCCUAUUCAUUUCCGACAUUGAUGACGAAGAAACUCUUAUUCCUUCCCUACCCGAUCAACACCGACGAGGCAUCAACAAAGUUGUCCCAUUUUUAGAACCUCUUAUUCGCAAGGGUUUGAGAUCUGUUAUAUUAUUCGGUGUACCGAUUGCGCCUAACGUCAAAGAUGCUCUUGGAACAGCUGCAGAUGACCCACAAGGUCCAGUCAUUGCCACAAUUCGACUCCUCCGUCAAAGAUUCCCACAACUAUUCAUCGUUGCAGAUGUCUGCCUUUGCGAAUACACCUCCCAUGGACAUUGCGGUAUCUUAAGGGAUGAUGGUAGUCUCAACAAUCAAUUGUCCGUUGAUCGCGUUUCGGACGUCGCAAUCGCAUAUGCUCAAGCUGGUGCUCAUUGUGUAGCUCCUUCAGAUAUGAAUGAUGGUCGCAUUCGUGCUAUCAAGCUUAAAUUGAUCGAGGAGGGUAUUGCACACAGAGUUGUCUUGAUGUCAUAUGCUGCCAAGUUCUCUGGUUGUUUAUAUGGACCAUUCCGUGAUGCAGCUGGUUCCGUUCCUUCGUUUGGAGACCGAAAAUGUUACCAAUUACCACCGGGAGGUCGUGGUCUUGCUCGCAGAGCCAUUGAAAGAGACAUUGGUGAAGGUGCAGACAUCAUCAUGGUCAAGCCAGCAAGUCAGUAUCUUGACAUUAUCAGUGAUGCAAAGGAGAUUGGAAAGAAUAUGCCGGUUGCAGCAUAUCAAGUUAGUGGAGAAUUUGCAAUGAUUCAUGCUGGAGCAAAGGCUGGAGUUUUUGACUUGAAGACAAUGGCGAUUGAAUCUUCUGAGGGUAUUCUGAGAGCUGGUGCGACCAUCAUCGUCAGCUAUUUCACACCACAAUUCCUUGACUGGCUUGAGUCAUAG